UUUAAAAUUUUUAUGAUUUUGAUAAGUUUUUGAAACGUUAUUUUACAAUAAAGUUGAAAAUUACAAAUUUGAUGCGUUAUUGAUGUGCUUAAUUUUUGGUAUUUUAUCCAUUUUGGGACACUAAGCUGUUAGUUAAAUUUUACAAAAAAGAAAUACAAGCUAACAUUUUUUUACCAACAGUAAUUUUGAUUCGACAGUUUUGAAAAUUAAAAAUCCUAUGCGCAUUGUAUUUAUUCAUGUUGGAAAACAUUAGGAAAAAUUCACUGUCAAUUGAUUUUGAUUUUUCAAAAUAAUUUAAAAAUUAUAGUAAUAUAAGUUACAUUAGACUACAUAGACUUGUAUUAAAAUGCAAGGUAUUGUUUAAAAUUUUUUUGAUUUUAGCAACACAUUUUAUAAACUUAUAUUUUUAUAACAUUCUGAGGUCUAGUUAGUGCAUUUGUAAGAGAUACAAAUUUAUUUUAAAAUUUCAUAUACAAAUUCGAAAACAUUUUUUUAAAAAUUUUAUGAACUUAAUUUUUAUUUAAAAAAAUGUGUCAUAAAUCAACUUUAAUUUCAAACUAUUUUAAUAUGGUAUAAUAUAAAAUAAGGCAAAAUGUAGUUUUUGUAAGGUUUUGCUUAAAGUAAACCACUUCUCGACAAGCAAAUUCAAUGAGACGAUUUUUAAAAAUGCAACAAUUUAUAAUUUAUUUAAAUUAUGAUACUUAAUAAUUCAUUACAAGUCAAAAUUACUAUCCAAUUAGAAUAUUAUUAUUGAGUAUAUUGUUUUUCUUGAUGAAAAUCGCUGUAAUCACAUAUUUGAACAGCAAUAUAUAGUUUUGAUUUUUUAUGGUAUGAUUUAUUGUAAUUUAAAUAUUGGCUCAAAUUUUUGCGGGCGAGUAUUUUACAGUAUAUUUUACACUAUGAAGUUAAAUUAUAAAUAGAAAAAAGAAUACUAUACAUGUGAAAAUUACGUGUCUGAACAUGUGUACUAAAAAUUUAUAAUCAUUUCGUGUGCAUUAUAUGAAAUGAGUAAUCUUAUUUUUAUCUAAAAAUUGGUAUUUUACACAAAACUAUUCAUACUCCUAAAUUCCCGAGAAAUUUACGUUUAAUACAUUUACAACGUAAAUUCUAUACUUGAUAUAAAAAAAAAUGAGCGAAACCGAAAUAAAUGUAAAUUCUAGUCCAUAACAAAUUAAAUUUGGUGUAAGUCACUAUAGAUAAAAUGUUUUAUUUCAUUAAUUUAUUACCCUUAUUACCCUAAAGUUAUUUAAGUUGUCAGUGAGUGGUGGGCCACUCUGUAUAGUAUUUGAUUUUUUAUGGUAUGAUUUAUUGUAAUUUAAAUAUUGGCUCAAACUUUUGCACUCGUAAGUGCAAAUUUGGAAUAGAGGCUUGGAUGGACUUCCUAAAUUUCAACAUAAAAAUAUGCAUGAUUAUUUAAAGAAAAAAAUAGGGGGGAAUUUAGUUGGUUUUACAUAUAAUGAGUUCUACCAAAACUUUUAUUGAAAUUGUGACAAAGCUGAUCAAACAUUAUCGAUAACACGAAAAUAUAAAAUGUACUCGCAUCAAGCAGACGGCUCAAUCAAGAUAAAUUAAAAAUAUAUAAUACACACGUAUACAAAAAUGAAGGGAUACCUUUUUGUCGUAUUACAAAGUAUUUUAAUUUUUGGCCAUAUAACCGAUAUUAUUAAUGCUAAUGAUGGUACCAUAAAACAACAUUUUGCUGAUAAAUAUAGUCUUCUCAAUCAUUCAUUGUUUGAAAAUGUUAUGCCAGAGUAUAUGUAUCAAUAGUAUCAACGCUAUCUUUUCAUGAUUACUGUGUAUACAUAUAAUGAUAAUGUGUAUACAUUACAAACUUUGCAUUAAUACCAUGAUAAGAAAUUAGAUAAAGCAAUUAUUACUUAUCACUCUCAUUCAAAAGUAUAAGUCAUUUUCAUUGAAAAAGUUACACACUUCCAAAUUAUAGUAAUCAUGAAAAGAUAGUGUUUUCUUCUGUUCUUUUCUCAAUACGUAUUUCAAUGUUUAAUACCGUAAAAUAAUACAUGAAAAUUCAAAUUUUCACAAACUUCAAAACGCUACAGAAUAUUUACUACUGAAUAUUAAUAAGAUAUUUUUUUACAAAAAUUUUUCUUAAAUUCUACUCUACAAAAUAGCUAUCUUAGAUUUUUUUUUUACAUUUUAUUUAAAAUUUAAAAAUAAUUAAUAUUUUUAAUAAAAUGUAAAAAAAUUAAUUAUUGAGAUAUAGCUAUAGACCUAACGUAUAACUAUUAUUUAAAAAAAAAUCAGCUAAAAAUAUUAACUGGAUCAAAAGUUAUUUAAGUUGUCAGUGAGUGGUGGGCCACUCUGUAUAGUAUUUGAUUUUUUAUGGUAUGAUUUAUUGUAAUUUAAAUAUUGGCUCAAAUUUUUGCACUCGUAAGUGCAAAUUUGGAAUAGAGGCUUGGAUGGACUUCCUAAAUUUCAACAUAAAAAUAUGCAUGUUUAUUUAAAGAAAAAAUUAAGGGGGAGUUUAGUUGGUUUUACAUAUAAUGAGUUCUACCAAAACUUUUAUUGAAAUUGUGACAAAGCUGAUCAAACAUUAUCGAUAACACGAAAAUAUAAAAUGUACUCGCAUCAAGCAGACGGCUCAAUCAAGAUAAAUUAAAAAUAUAUAAUACACACGUAUACAAAAAUGAAGGGAUACCUUUUUGUCGUAUUACAAAGUAUUUUAAUUUUUGGCCAUAUAACCGAUAUUAUUAAUGCUAAUGAUGGUACCAUAAAACAACAUUUUGCUGAUAAAUAUAGUCUUCUCAAUCAUUCAUUGUUUGAAAAUGUUAUACCAGUGUAUAAGUAUCAAUGCUUACGUACUGGGAUUACUAUUGUAUUUGGUGACAUUGAUGGUCCAGUUGUAAAUGGAUACUUCACUUUGGCAACAGAAACUCAUGAUGAUAAUGGUAUUCCACACACAUUAGAACAUUUAAUAUUUCUUGGAUCGGAAAAUUAUCCUUACAAAGGAGUUCUUGAUUUAUUAUCAAAUCGGUGUCUUGCUUCAGGGACUAAUGCUUAUACUGCUGUGGAUCAUACUUGCUAUACAGUCAGCACAGCAGGGAGUGAAGGAUUUCUUUCGUUGCUUCCAAUUUAUCUUGACCAUAUUUUAUAUCCUACUUUAACUGAUUCUGGUUUUAUCACACAAGUUCACCAUAUAACUUCCGAUGGUAAAGAUGCUGGUGUUGUUUAUUGUGAAUUAAAAGAAGUAGAAAAUACUGCAGAAAAUAUUGUACGACAAUCAUUAUUAAAAAAAAUAUAUCCUGGUAAAUGUGGCUACAAAUCAGUACAUGGAGGAAUAAUGAAAAAUUUACGCGAGUCAACUACUAUUGAAAAAAUUCGUAAAUACCAUCAAGCAUAUUACCGGCCUGAAAAUCUGUUACUUCUAGUUACUGGAAAAGUAGACCAUUUUUCUUUUUUUAAUAGUCUAGAACCAGUUAUUCAAAAGAUUUUAUCAAAAGGAAGCCGUGGAGAAUAUAUAAAACCCUGGCAAAACCCUGUAGAUCCUUUAACGGAAUCUUCAAAUUAUGUAGAACUAUUUCCAUGUGAUAAAGAGACCAAUGGUUAUAUGAAUAUCGGUUGGAGAGGACCAGUUGGGUCAACUUAUACAUACAAGUAUAAGGCUUGUGAGAUACUUUUACGUUAUUUAACUACUAUUCAAAUGAAGAUAGAGUUUGUUCAAAUAUCAGACCCAUUAUGUAGCCAAGUGACUUUCAAUAUUAACGAUAAUUUAAAUCCAUUUAUAAGACUUGUAUUUAAAAAUGUACCAAUUAGAAAAUUAGAUGAAGAACAAAUACCAUUAAAAUUAAAUGAAAUAUUUAAAAAGCUAAUUGAUGAUAAUGAUUAUUUUGACCUAGAAGAACUAAAAAAAUUUAUUAAUAUAAUAAAGCAUUUUGAGCUAAAAAAUCUAGAAUAUGGUCUUAAUUUUACUUUACCAUUCCUAAUAAUUUUUGACUUUUUGUAUGGAAAGAAUAAAUCAGAUUUAGACGAAAUAUUGAACACAAAUAGAAUUUUUAAUAAACUUCUCAGUGAAGAUAUCUUGUUUUGGAAAAAUAUUUUAAGAGAUUAUUUAUUAAAUGAUCACAAAGUAAUUGUAAGAGGAAUACCAUCUAUAAAAAAACAUAAUGAGCUAGCUAAUGAAGAAAUUCAAAGAGUAUCACAACGCAAAAAUGAUUUAGGGGAUGAUGGUUUAAAAUUAAAAGCUAAUGAACUACUGAAUGCUAAAACAGAAUGUGAAAAAAAAACCCCCAGUGAAAUGAUAACGUCAAUUAAAAUCCCUAAUGUUGAAUUCAUACAGUUUUUAACUUGUGAUACUUUUUCAUCAAAUUCAAUAAAUCAACACAAUUUAUUCAAAACUUCCGAAGUUCCAUUGUUCGUUGAUAUUGACAAUAUUAAAAGUAAUUUUGUUUAUCUGAAAGCAUUAAUCAACACUAAAAAUUUGGCAUUGAAUCUUAGAAAAUACUUACCCACUUUUCUUGAUUUAAUAAUAAAUAGUCCUUCAAUACGAAGAGAUAAAAUUUAUACGAAUGUAAAUGCAAAAUUAGAUAAAGACAUUAUACAUAAACAAGCAUCUAUUGGGAUUUGUUCAAAAUCGUUUACAUUUGGAUAUUUUUCUUCUGUCAUAUUUAUAUCAGUUUAUGUCAAACUAGACAAAUAUCAUAAAGGCAUCAAAUGGCUUCAUGAUAUUCUUUAUAAUACAGUCAUUACCAAAAAAUGGUUUUCUAUUAUUUUGUCAAAGAAGAUAAAUGAAAUUUCUAGCUAUCGUAGAAAUGGAAGAGAUAUGGUAGAACAAAUUUUAAUAAAUAUGAUGUACAAAAAAGAUAACAAUCCAUAUGUAUGUAGUGCGUUAAGACAAUAUAAGUUUUUAACUAAGUUGCAAAAUGUAAUUAAAACUGAUAAAGGUUGGAAAUUCGUAUAUGAAAAUUUGAAUAAAUUAAAAUCAUUCUUAGCUAAUCCAGAUAACAUUAAAUUACACAUUACUGGUAAUAUAGAUAAAUUAUGUGAUAUUAUUCCUGGAGCAUCUGCUGCAUUACAAAAAAUUAUUCCAGAUAUUUUAAAGAGACCAGUACAUCCAUUUAAAACACAGUUGGAUUCUGAAUUUAUGUUACCUUUAAAUCAAUGUAGAAUUCGAGCUUGUAUUGUUGGAAUGGGUUCUGUUGAAUCAAGUCAUUUCAUUCAAGCUACUGAUUGUAUAAAUGAUUAUAACCAUACAGACAUAGCUGCUAUUCGUGUACUUUUGGCAUACUUUACUCAAAUAGAAGGACCUAUAUGGAAGAAAAUUCAAGGAUCAGGUUUUGCUUAUAUUUAUAAAAUUAUUUUAAACCUAGACGAAGGAAAAAUAUAUUUAAUGUUUUUCACAUCUGUAAAUUUACCAGCUGCUUAUCAAGCUACUAAAACAAUAAUUGAUGAACAUUUAUCCAGUGGAUUUUCUUGGGAUCAAACACUUUUCGAAUCAGCAAAAAGUUGUGCUAUUUUUGAAACGGUUAACGAAGAGAAUUCAAUUGAUGCAUUAACUACACAAUCAAUUUUGCUAAGCUUACGAAAUUUAAAACAAACUUAUAACCAGGACCUUAUAAAAAAAAUAUCAUUAGUAAAACUUGAAGAUCUUUCUAAAAUCGGCAGGAAGUAUGUGAUGCCGUUAUUUAAUCCACAAUCUACAAUAACUGCAGUGGUAUGUCCUCCUACAAAUGUUGAAGAAACAGCUAAUGAAUUUGAAAAAAUUGGUAUUAAAAUGAAUGUGUAUAAGUCUUUAGAUGAAAAUUUUCUAAAUAAUUAACAGCAUACUUGGAGUUGAAUGUUUUUUUAAAUCAUUUUAUCAAAUCUAAAAUUUAGUAUAUAUUAUAUUUAUUAAAUAAAAUAUAUUACUCAGCCAAAGACAAUCAAAGUACAUGUUUAAAAAAUUUUAAAGAAUGACCUUUUGUAUUGUAA